UAACUCUAGCUCCGAGUGCUUGGGCGCGGAGAAGAUCCCGCCUGGCGCGUGGUGCUACGCAAACUCCAACAACACCAUAAUACUCCGUUACUCCAUUCCCCAAAUUCCCCAAAGAAGGGCAUAGAGGGAGUUUAAAAAAAAUAAAAGAAACCAAAGCCCCAACCCCACCUCGCACUCGAGAGAGAAAGAGAGAGAGAGAGAGAGAGAGAGAGAGAGAGGAGAGUAACCCUAGAGAGAGAGAGAUAGAGUGGAAGAAGAAGGAAAAAACCCUAAGAGAGAGAGAGAGAGGGAGGGAGGGAGCGAUGGUUCUAGGGCUACUGCCCUUCACCGAUCGCGUUGGCGAUGGCCCUCUCCUCGACGCCGCCGCAGGGGAGGAGCUCAUGGCCGUCCACCGCGGCGUCGCCGUCGCCCUCGGCGCCCGCAACCUCGAGCCCCCCGGAACCCUCUUCAUCACCACCAAGAGGGUGAUUUGGCUUGACGACGCCGAUGCGGCGAGGGGCUACGCGGUGGAUUUCCUUUCGAUCUCGCUCCACGCCGUGUCCCGGGACCCGGAGGCAUAUCCCAAGCCCUGUAUCUACACCCAGAUUGAGACAGAAGUUGUUGAGGAUGAGGAUUCUGAGGACUCAGAUUCUGAAUGCGGUGAUGAUUUUGAGCUAUCAAAGGUCACUGAAAUGCGUCUUGUGCCAUCGGAUCCUAGUCAAUUGGAUGCGCUCUUCAACAUGUUCUGUCAGUGUGCUGAACUAAAUCCUGAUCCUAAUUCUGAGAGUGAGGAAGAAAAUAGCUGGGUUCACGGUGACGAAGAGAUGGCCGAGGGUAGUGAUUCUGAGUGGCAAUUGACUGACAAUCUUGGCAAUCCAAUUGGUUAUACAAAUGGUGAUCAUGAUCUGGCUCGUUCAGUUCUUGAGCUCCAAAUCAAUGAUCAACGCUUUGAGGAUGCGGAGGCAGUGGAAGGUGAGACUCAAGCUGAUCAUCAUCACUAAGAAGAUUUACUAAUUAUGCUUGAAUUUCUUGUCGAGCUCCUGAAGAGUAUGUUGUACUAUCGAUAAUUACUUGUUUUAUUAGUAAUCAGGCAGCUUCCUGUGGUGUGUUUGCUGCUGUAACAAGUUAUUAGCUUUCUGGAAAUGGGGCGUAGGUUAGCAUCUACUAGCAUGCUUACUUUGCUGGUAACAUUUUCAUUUAAAAGGUCUUGCGGCUGGUCAAGAAUGUAAUUUACACUUCAAAGACUAGUAUUUGAAACAUAGAUUCUAACGAAUUCAUAGGAACAUUAAUUUAACUGCUGACUAGUCAGUAGUAAUGCUGUUGUUGGAGCAAAUAUAGAAUUUCUGCCUCAAUUUGUGGUUUCUUAA